AUGAAAAUGGCUGAUAUAUUAGACUGCUUCCUUUCUGAAAAAAAUUAUAAAAUGGCUAAACAUUUGAAAAACAAAAUUUAAGAGAAUGAUAGGUAUUGAUUUAUUUAAUUAAAUUAGAGAAACAAUCCAUUUAGCAGUUUAAGCUGUUUGUGAAAUUUUAACUAACAAAAUCUCCUAACCCAUAUAAAAAGUAUUGUCAAUUAGAGUAAAAAAAACUCGAGUAUUCAGUUAGUUAAAGAAAUGAUGGAUUACCAUAUGUAGUUAGUAAUUACUAAAGUCUCGAUUCAUAUAAUUCCAAUCUUCCAUUAAAUAUUGUAAGAGUAUUAAUAGAAACGAAUUAAUGCGAAGCAAUACUUCUCAAAUUAACCAGGUACUAAUAAAUAUCAUCUAAUAAAGAUGAGCAACUAAUGGUUCUUGGAAAUACCUUUAUAAGGCUUGUAAGUGAAUGUGUAUAUGUUUGGAAUAUUUGGCAUCCACAUUUCGAAGGACAAUAAUCUUCAUUUUAAAGAGUGUAUAUAUAUAUAAAUUCAUAACACAAAAGAUAUAAUCAAUUGAUUGAAAUAGGAUUUGAAUUUCCUAAACUUUUUUACUUUAAUUAAUAAAAAGUCAAAGAAUACUAUAAAUAGUCUAAAGAUACUAAUUUAACUUAAGUAUCUCCUAAUGAAAAGGAUUAUGAUAAUCAAUCUGAUUUUUAUUGUAUUAAAUAAAGAUUAGAUAGAAAUGAAUUUGGAUUAGGAGAUUUGUAGAUUAUUAGAAAUUCAGUAAUUUGUAUUCUUUUUAAAAUAUUGUUAAGCACUUCAAAAUUGUAAUCUUAAUUUAAGUUAAUAAAAGUUUUUAAAGAAUUUUGAAAUAGCUUACUAAGAAUAUGAAAUAACUAAAAGAUAUGAUGAAUUCAUAAUUACCAUAUAAUCUAUGUAAUUUAAAAUUCUAUUAAAGUUGUUUAGAAUUUGAUGAUGAAAUGGAAGACAAGUCAGCUAUCUUUGAAACCUUUUAAAUGAGAUGUCAAUCUAAUAUAAGUAAUUUUUGUCCAUCAAAACAUAAAGUGGGAGGAUAUUCUACUGACAAAAUUAGUUAAUUUUAUUCAAAUAAUACAUUGAUAGUAUGAAUCUGAUGUGAAUAUAGUCUAAGAACUCCUCUCCAAAUCAAAAGCAAGAAUAAUUAGAAUGUCUAAAUGAGAAAAACAGAAGGAUAGAAUAGUUAUUAAUUGAAAAUUCAAUUUUUGCUAAGCAGAUUCAAUUCUUUUAAGAAUAAAUCAAUAAUCUCAAACAAAAUCUUGAAUAGAUAAAUGGAUGA